UCCUAAAUUGUUCAGAUGACGCUGGUUGGCUUCUGUGACGGAGGUAUACUAUCUACCUCAGUAUUUUCUGAACCCUGCACCACCACAGACAGGAGGUCUUUCCGUUUCUUCGUCGAUAGGAGCGAUUAGUAUUGUUCUUUCCUCGUCAUUUUGCGGUUACGACUUGAGCUGGCGAAUUGUGACAUCUGUCUAUUGCAGUAGACAGUGCAGUCUUCGCCUGGAGAAACACCUGUGCGACUGCCUCUUCUCGCAGCUGGCCGCCGUCUUCAAUGUUGAGUAGUGAUCCCUGCAGUGGGAAUGGGCGAUACUGGGAAUUUGGCUAUUGAUCCGAUACCAGGAAAAAGAUAACCCCAAAGUGCGGUGCCUGUUUGCAGAACAAGGAAAGGAGCAGCAUAAACACUGCACAGCCAGACAUCAUGCAAGGAGAAACCUUCCCACGAUGCACAGUGCUGAAAUGUUAAGUCUGGAGAGCGAGAGGGUCAGAUCAAACAAGCAGACUGUUUACGUCAGAGGCUAUCAUAAGAGCUGCCUGACAAAAGACUCAGCAUCAGCCUGUGUUGAGGUUAAGGUCCCUUUCAAUCACAACCCAGACAAGACACGUUAACGGAUCUGUCGUUUUUAUCAGGUUCAGCAAUCCUGAAAGAAUUCGGCAUGGAGUGGUCACUAGAGAGCAUUAGAGAGAUGGUUGCUGGAGGGAUGCAGUCUGUGAGGGAAUGUGAGAUCUGUGCUCUUUCCAUUGCCAUGUGUGUUCUGCUGCUGUUUAUGUGGUACUGCUACAGAGUGGGCCAAGAGCAUGGCUCCAGCCCACUGCGUGGGAGGUAUCUUGUGGGGCCUGGCCGGAUUGGAGGGGUGGUGGGGGGUUUCAUGAGCUCAGACUGCCGUAACAGGGAAAAAGGAAAGCGUGGAUCAAUGCUGGAGGAGCAGAAUGGCUUUGCUUUUUGCCAGUCAUCAGAGUGCUUUCGCUGUACCAGUGCCGGCGAGAGUCUGAACCAGAGGCUCUACCACAGUCUGCAGGAGUAUGCCAAGCGCUAUACCUGGUCAGGUAUGGGCAGGGUUCACAAAGGAGUCCGUGACCAAGGCAGAUACCUUAACAGCCGACCAACUAUUCAGCGUCCCGAGGUCUUCUUCCUCCCCGAUCUGCCGUCUGCUCCUUUCUUUUCCAGAGAAGUUCAAAGACAUGAUGUGGAGCUGUUGGAACAGAGCUUCCCGGCCCUUCUCGCUGAGUUUGAAAGCAUCUACCACCAGCCUCCAGCUCGCGGUGGCUCCUCCCUCCCACCAGGGUGGAAAGCUAAUAACACCCCUCGUGGGCAGUGGUGGACCUACUACCUGGUCAACCAAGGUACCCCUUUGGUCCUGAAUGUCAGGAGAUGUCCGCGGGCAUGGCGGGUGCUGGGGCAGCUGCGCACCUUCAUUGCCAACAACGUAUUUGGAAACGCCUGCUUCUCCGUACUGACGCCUGGAGCUCUUAUUACGGAGCACUAUGGUCCCACAAAUGUCAGGUUGCGCUGCCACCUGGGUCUCAGAGUACCACCAUCCUGCGAGCUUGUAGUCGGCGGAGAGCCACAGUGCUGGUCUGAGGGCAGCUGUCUGCUUUUUGACGACUCGUUUCUCCACAGAGCCUUUCAUGAGGGUAACCUGGAGGACGGCCCCAGAGUGGUCUUCAUGGUGGAUCUGUGGCAUCCCAAUGUAGCUGCUGCUGAGAGACAAGCCUUAGACUAUAUUUUCACUCCAGGCCAUUUAGAUGACAAAGAGGGAAAAUGAGUGAAACAGGUGGCAAUAAGGGAAGUGUGUAAGUCGGGGAGGAACUUUACUUAGUGGGUCCUGGUUGCGGAGUGUGAAACAGAAAGGGCUGGUACAGUGGGCGGGGCAGUUGUCCCACUGCGCUCAUUGACCCAUUUUGACGAGCUUCUACGUCCGUUCAUGUGAAGCUGAAACUCUAAGCUCAGACCUGGAUCGGAUUCAUUCUGCAUUCUACAACCAAGACUUUCUUGUAGACCGGCUUUCACCUACACUGUGUACAUAUAGUCCAAUUUAAACAAUAUUGAAGGGAAAUAACUGAACAUUGGGCCUCUUUUAUCUACUGCAGUUUCCCAUGUGUUGCAGUGUAAAACAAGUAAGGGUUAAUGGCCAAGGACGCCAUGGAAGCCUGAAUCAUCCGACGCAAGGCGGAGGAUGGUUAAUUCUGAUAAUGCACACUCCGAAUUUUACCAUGGUAACUUACAAAAGAAAUAAAUAUUUAAUUAUUUUUUAGUACUAUUCUUGGUAUUUUUUCGGUUUGGAUCGCUUUUUCACAAAAAGCAGACUAUUUGUUACGUUGUGCGCCGCAUUGUCACGUUUACAUGACUAAUCACCACGAUAGGUUAAAUAAAGCAUCCGUUCAGGGAGAAAGUUCUUCUCUUGCCGCUUGUUUUUGUCCAGAUAAAAAAUCAAAAGUUUCUUUAAAAGAAGCCAGUUAUGUAGAACAUUUGAGCCAUGCGACCAGAACUUCUUUUUAGGCGUUUUUUCACUGUGCAUUAUCACUUUUUAAUGUUAACCCAGCAGCCAAUCAGAGUCGAGAAUUCACUCGCACCAUGGUAUGAGCCGUAAUAAUAAGGCACUUCUAAAAUGCACAAUCAAAUUUCUUGGCAACAGGAAUGUUGGGAUAUGCCCUGUCAGACUGUUACUAUUAUACAUUCUGCUGAUCUACUCACAAACUCAAAUAAUUAACAAAAAGAAUCUGGCAGGAAACGGUCCCAUGUCAAGGAGGGAUUUUCUGCAGCUCUUUGCUGUAUUUUUUAUUCCUAACAGACAUUAUCUCAUUUUCUAACUGUACACUACCACUGGGUGUUUUUUCAAUUUUUUCUGGCUUUUUGUGUAACCUCCUGGAUGAAGCUCGGUGUCAAUCUGUGGUGCAAAUUCUGGCUACCCGUACCUGUAUGGGUCUAGAGGUGUUUUCAUGCAGGAGUUGCUGGGAUCACAACUGCGUUAUCUAAGAGAAAUACUCUUAGGCUCAAUUGUGUGUGAUAUCAGUCAGGAUAAUGUGUUUAUAUGGAGUCACUGGCCACAGCCUUAGCUGCUGAUUUUUAAUAGUGACUUAAAUAUACAACCGUUCAAUCACACGGGAGUAGUUCAUUGCAUUUGCUCAUGUAGGCAUGGUUAAGGCGACCUGUACCAGUCCAGACAAGUUUUGUUGUGUAGAAGAGUAAUUUUAAGUCAAUGUGAAACUAUAGAUUUACUGAGAUUUUCUCGUUAUGCUGGAGAUUAUACAAAAUGUUUAGCUUUUUUAAUUAACCUUUAGUUUUCUGGGGGCAAAUCACUGGUAUGAAGAAUGUUUCUGACCAAAUUCCACAGCAGAAGUCCACUGCUGUUGCCAGGUCUGUAAGAUCAAGAGACAGACUAGAAUUCACAUCAAUUUGCCAGAAAAAGACAAGACUGAAAAAAAUAUGGUCUGAUUUAUAUCUGUUCUGUGACAAAUAGAGAAUAGAGCAGAAAUGCGACAUGAUCGAUAUGAAAGUACCCUGUUGUACACAACAAAACUUUUUUUUUUUGCUUUGAACUUCAGAAGAUUAUCCAUGUCGACAUAAUUAAAAGCACUGAGUUGCAUCCAUGGGACAAGCUAAUUAUUUUCCUCAAUAUUUGAGGUAUAACAAAAAUCAUAACUGUGUAAAAAAUUUCAAAGUUCCAGUUUAGUCUGACUGGAAUUACUCUUUGGCUGCUUUAGAUGACCUUCCUGUAGAAUGUGUUUUUUUUCCUUCAACAUUAAACUCAACCCUGUACGAGACAAUCUUAGUACUCUUCCACCUUGUCUUCCUCUCCAACGCUGUUGGUUUCCACCCCCUUCUAAUCCUUCUCCAGUUUUGCCAUGUCCUCUCAGGCCUCAGAGAACUCCCCCACAUACCAGUGCACCAAAGUCCUCAUGGCGUACACUGAGUUCAAAUAUGUGGUCCAGGCAGGCCCAGGCCUCGGCAAUGGUGAUGAUGUUGCUCAGCAUGCAGAUGGCUCUACAGUGGGGGGCUGGUAUUUGAUGUCCGCUUGAACCCUGUUGGACACUAGUCCACAAACUGGAUUCUGCACCUGGCCUUGAUGGUGGCAAUGACAGAAUUGACGUCUUAAGGCACCGUGUCUCCACGGUACAGGAGACAGCAGGCCAUGUACUUGCUGUGGCGAAGAUCGCACUUUACCAUCUAAUUGGCUGGUUUGCAGUAGGCAUUUGUGAUAUCUGGCACUGUUAGCUGCUAAUAGGAUGCUUUCCCUGCAGAGAUCACAGGGGCAGAGGCGGCCAGAGGGAAGUGGAUCCAAGGGGUAAGGAACUGUGUUGGUCUGGAACUCCCUCAGGUCUACGUUUAAGGUGCCAUCAAAUCACAGGAAGGCAGUAAUGGAGGACAAAAUUUGCCCAAUCUGCCAGUUCAGGUUGGUGUAGUUAGGAUGAUCAAUGACCAGGUUCCUGCACUAGAUGUUGUAGAUGGCCUCGGCCACCAUGAAAGCACAGUCGGACUGCUCUAGGGUGGUGUGGGCGGUCAGAAUGGAGUUGUAGGGUUCCACCACCGCGGUGGACAUCUGAGGAGCCGGAUACAUGGCAGUGAACAGGAAGACCCCCCAUCAGCAGAGAGGUGAAGCUUGUACUGCAAGCAUAGUUGGUCGCAUCUUCUUUCCCAGUGAUCAGAUGCUCCGGGUGGAAGAGCUGCCGGAAGGUUCCUGUAUAGACCUUAUCGAUGGCCACCGGCUCCAGUCUUACUAAAGAAAAUGUUAAAGGAGUCAAACCCUGUCCAGCUGGAUGACGUGUUCCAAUUAGUUGAGCUUAAACCGUCCAUUACCUAUGUGGGCAGUGCACCAGCUUGGCCCACAUGCAUUGAAAUACAUUCACGCAUAUUUUCUUAAAGAACAGUUGGUCCUCUAUCGUCCGAAGUUGAAGGAUUGGGCUCCAAUGGCUGUCUUUAGAAUAUGUUUUGACACUAGUCUUGUGCUGUUUUAAUACUUAGGUUCAGAGAUGCAAUCUUAUUGUAGUAAUGAAACAGUGCUUAAAACAUGUUGAAUACUUUUUGUGUUGGAUCAUCUUUACUGGAAAAUAAUUUCCAAUAUACUACAUAUAAAUGUAUGUUCUUAUUUUUUGAAUUUCCAUUAAGACAGUUAAGUUGUUUGAAGGGGAAUUGGAAAGAAUAUGAUGAUAUCAAUUUAUAGGUUUUCCUGUUUGAGAUUAAUGCAACAGGAUUACUCAGUAGUCAUUUAUCAGACAUAAUCAGUCUUCAGCUUUUAAAAAAGGCAAACAACACUGCAAAUAAUUAUGAAAGGGCUUACAAAAUUAAUAAUUUAGGGUUUUGUGUUUUUUAUGUUGUAAUUUGAGUUUAUGGUUUGAAUCAUUUCCAUUUUUUUUUUCUUUGCACUCAUUUUCAUCAGAAUUUGUUAAUCUGGUAAUCUGAUAAAUGAAUGAAUGGCUUGCCUGCUCACAGAUGGUUAAUGUUCUGUGAGUGAUUGUAUUGCUCAUUAUGUCUUACAUAGAAACAUUAGCUGUGGUUACAUGUGCAAAAUAUCUUUGAGUGGAUCAAAGAUCAGAUUAGAACUGAACUGUGUACAUGGGCCCAGAAAAACUUUAUCUGAUUACAACAAACGUUUACACAUGCCACACUUUCGGUUGGAACAAAUCAUUUUGACAUGAGUAGUACUAUCUAAAAUACCGGAAAUGGCCGUAGAAGAAAAAAUAGCGAGUUCCGUUGUAAAGAAACAAAGCUGUGGCAUAGAGCGAGAUGAUCUUCUAAACGUGCUUUUAUUGUUGUUAUAAUUAUUAUUAAGUGCCUGUUCGCUCAUAAUUUUUUUAAUCCGUGCGGCCAGUGCUUUAUUCUUGCCUGAAUGAACCCAGUAGAAGCAGGGUUAGAAUUGUAGUUGUAGUUAAAAUCUCUGGGGGCAAUGCUGCAAUGUACAUCUUGGCUGCGCGUAGAUAUGUGGGAAUAAUAUCAGCCUUUAUUUUGUCAGGACAUGAGUGGUAACACAAAUUCACAUGAUUGUUUGCACGGUUUCUCAGUACUGCCAUUUUCUCAUUACUGCCAUGAGCAACAUUCUGCAUACAAAGCCACUCCUCUGCUCGGAGACACAGUUCUCCCGGGAGACAUGGUUCUCAUGCGUGAGCAGCUCGCUCAUGCAGGGCAGCCUGACAGACUGCUGUCCGAUGCAUCCUCCGGAUGGCACACCUUAACAAAGCAACCUCCCCUGCCCGCAAACACAAAGAAACAAAGACAUGCCUCGCUUGCGUGGAGCAGCCGGCCGGCCUCCUCUGUAGUGCCACACUAUCUACGCACGACGUAAGAGCCAGAACAGUUGUGACCCACUAUCGGGAUAAACUGUUUACAUGCACCAUGAUCGGAUCAAUAAUUGGCAUAACCCACAUAUCUCGAUUAGAAAUAUUUUUUUUUUGACUCAUGAGUCUGAUCGGGGAAGAGUAUUUUGAACGGCAUGUUUACAUGACCCAUUUUUAUUCUGAUCAGGCAUUUAUUCCGAUUACUUUGGUCCAGGUAACUGCAGCUAUUGUUGAAGUAGUUAAAAUGCAAUAACUAAAUUACUGUUUAAAUUUCACUAACCUUAUCUAUAUGAUGAGUAAAUUAAGACCAAAAUGGUUAAGAGAUGCAGGAUACUUUAGAAUUUAAAUGUGAUAAGUUUCAAUUCAAGUGCUGAAAUAUUUUCUAUCAGUUUUCGUGUUAUAAAAGUAGAACAAAACCAUCCCCCAGCUUAUCACUAAUGAGGAUGAACAGAUUUUAUGCGUGUGGUUUAAUAAUUGAGGUCCAAUGUCAGCCGUGGUCAGAAUAUUUAGCCAUUGACUCUGACUCACAGGUGUUACAGUGAAUUGUGCUCCACUCUGAAAACCAGUGCCAUGGUUAAAUGGUUUCUUGCACAUCUGAAGUGCAAGCUGUAAGUGUGGGACUGAAGAUCAAGACUUUUUUGGUAAACUUCUUGACUCUUGUAAUUUAGUUGCAUUUGAUAUCAGGUUUGUAUUUUUGUAAAUAACCCUAAAGUGAAGAAAAAGAAAAAACUGCUCUGACUGGUCUGAGAUAUUUUGAAAUGAUUGUCUUCAGUGCUUUAACUAUUGUGUUGUCUUAAUUUCUAUCUCAAGUGAUUGAAAACCACCAACUAUGAACGUCUUUUCUGACACAUCCAAUCAGUAUAUUCUGUGAAAUGUUUAUGAAGUCCACUCUCUGUUGUUGUGUGAUGCUUUUAAUUCACCAAGUAAUGUUUUGAUUGCACUGUAUCCAUUACAAAAGCCACAAACCCUUUAGCAGCUCUUCAAGAAGGUACACACUGUCAGGAAGUAAAAAUGAAUCUUCUGCUGCUUUGGUUGUCUGAUGCAAUUCAAGAUACCCAUCCAUUCAGUUCUAAUGUUUACAAAAGGUGUGGUUCUCACACACUGUUUACAACAGCAGAUAACACUGACGCACACGCAGAGCAGUCCACCAAUAGCUGUUUAAAAUUCCCAAAGUAUUGGCUUCAGAUGCGGUGGAUGAUGGGGGCAAGAAUUUUGCUUGCAUUUUGAUUAAGAACUUGUUUUUCUUUUUUUCAAAACAUUAUGUGGAUUUUGAAUAGUAUUUCUGUAAAUUUAAUAAACUGUCAAGUCUCCUAUUUAGGCAA